GCUUUCUUUUCUUCUCCAUCUUCUCCCAUUUCUCCGAUCUUCCGCCGUUGCCGGAUUCUGACGACCUCCUCUCCUCUCCGAUAACCGUUCCUCCUCCCUUUUAGCUUUUGUAUGGCAGUGAGCUUGUUUUCGCAUGACGUUUCUGAUCUCUGUCUCGGCAAGCCAGCGCUGAGGCUGUUGUCUUUGUCCGCAACUGUCGCCGACGCCUUGACUGCUCUCAAAUUCUCCGACGAUUACUUCGUCAGCGUUUGGGACUGCCGUUUGGCGAAGAACGGUUGCGGUGGCGGUGAUGUUGAUGGUAGUGCUGACGGUGGUGAUUUUGAGUGCUGCCGAUGCGUGGGGAAGCUGUGUAUGGUGGAUGUGAUUUGCUAUCUCUGUAGGGACGAGAAUUUGUUGUCGCCUUCGGCUGCAUUGUGUGCUCCUAUCUCUGAGAUUUUGCCACAAAUUCCUGGAAUCGUGAUGCAUUUGGAGCCGUCUGCUAGCUUGCUAGAUGCCAUUGAUCUGGUUCUCCAAGGUGCUCAAAAUCUUGUAGUCCCAAUUAAGGCUAAGCUAGGAAGCAAUUCAAGAAGGAAGCAGCUUAAAAACCCCACAAAUGCCAUCCAUGGCGGCCGUGAAUUCUGCUGGCUGACUCAGGAAGAUAUAAUCAGGUAUCUCCUCAGCUCAAUUGGCCAUUUUUCCCCCAUUGCUGCCCUCUCCCUUGACAACCUUGGCAUCAUCUGCACCAAUGCCUUAUCAAUAAACUACCACUCCCCUGCCUCCUCUGCCAUUGGAGCCAUAUCCCGCUGCAUCGCCAAUCAAACCUCUGUAGCAGUCGUCGAUGCUGAUGGAAUUCUGAUUGGUGAGAUCUCACCCUUUGCCCUUGCCAGGUGCGACAAGGCUGUUGCAGCUGCGAUUAUGACAUUGUCUUCUGGAGAUCUGAUGGCCUACAUUGACUGUGGGGGGCCUCCAGAGGAUCUUGUUAAGGUAGUGAAGGCUAGGCUGAAAGAGAACAACUUGGAAGGAAUGCUGCAAGAAUUCACUAAUUCACCAUCCUCAAUUGGAUCUCCAUCUUUCACUUCUUCAUCCUCUGAUGAGGAGUUCUCCCCAUCUCCGAGCUCAAGAAAGUACAGAAGAUCAUCAAGCUACUCGGCACGAAUCACUCGUCGUUCCGAGGCCAUCGUUUGUCAUCCAAGGAGCUCCCUGAUAGCUGUUAUCAUCCAGGCAAUCGCGCACCGUGUGAACUAUGUUUGGGUUAUCGAAGACGACUGCAGUUUGAUCGGAAUCGUCACAUUCCUUGAUAUGUUAAAAGUUUUCAGAGAACAUUUAGAGACAAGUGAGUAGGCAGACAGAGUUUCAAGCCAUUUGGCUUAGAAUUUUUGUAUCCCCUUCCCUUUUCCUACAUUGUCUAGAAUAAAAAAUUGAAAAGUCCAAAGCUGUGUGGCCUAGUUGAGACAAUUGGGUUUGUGUUAUUUGUGUUGUUUUGUUUGUCUAUAAACGUUUGGGAUCUUCAUGUUUCAGCCUUCUUGUGUUAAAGAAGCUUUGAAACAGAGAGUGCAGAAAUGGAGAUUUCUAUGCGACCACUUUUGACCA